AUGCCAGUGUUCCCACCGGAGCGGUAUGGUGUUGGUUGGAUAUGUGCGCUCUCCAUUGAGGAGGUCGCGGCGAAGUCCAUGUUGGACGAAGAGCAUGGGAUCAUCAGAGGGACAGGCCGAGACACCAACAUCUACCUUGCUGGACGCAUACAUGGCCACGACGUGGUCAUCACAUGCUUACCCGCAGGGGUUGACGGACUUGUAGCAGCGGCGACAGCUGGAAACCAUAUGGCAAGAACAUUCACCAAUCUGCGAUUCAUGCUACUUGUUGGCAUAGGGGGAGGGAUCCCCCAUUUGCAAGGCGGGAUCGACAUUCGACUAGGAGACGUUGUAGUUAGUCAGCCUGAUUCAACGAGCGGCGGAGUCGUUCAGUACGACAAAGGUAAACGUAUCGAUGGAGGCGGGUUCACACGCAAAGGAAUUCUGAAUGCACCUCCGACAGAACUCCUGACUGCAGUCCGGUCCCUGCAAACAGUUCACCAAUCCAAUGGCAGUCUGAUACCAAGAUACCUCUCUGAAAUGCCUAGACGAUGUCCUGCAUUACCAAAAGAUUUCUAUACCUAUCCAGGCACCAAACAUGACAAGCUUUUCGGCGUAAUGCACCCCCAUUCCUCAGAUUGUGCUAGCUGCGAUCAGUGCGAUACUACUCAACAAAUUCCCCGAGAAGCGCGCACUGAGACCAAUCCACUCAUACACUACGGCAUUAUCGCAUCGGGGAAUGUGGUGGUCAAGGAUGCCGCCUUUAGGGACAACCUUCGUUACACUUACAAUGCCUUGUGCGUUGAGAUGGAAGCCGCCGGCCUGAUGAACAAUUUCCCCUGCCUCGUCAUAAGGGGAAUAUGCGACUACGCGGACUCUCACAAGAAUAAUCUUUGGCACGAAUAUGCAGCUGCAACUGCAGCCGCGUAUACUAAAGAGCUGCUUCUCUACAUUUCAACAGAAAAUCCGUCUCAGGAAAGACGGAACCAGGAAGAUUUAGAUUCUCGAUUUGCCCCAUUAACAGAUUCCGAGAAAGAUCGCAGAGCAGAAUGCUUACGAGCCUUCAAGUCAAGCCCCUAUGGGGAGGAGAAGAACUUCAAUCCUGAUCGAGCUCCAAAUACGUGUGUCUGGGUGCUCGAAGACUCAACAUAUAAGAGGUGGGCACAAAAUGACAGAGACGACUUAUUGUGGAUAUCAGCUCAUCCAGGUUGCGGCAAAUCAGUGCUUGCAAAGUCAUUGAUUGAUCAUGAAUUGCGGUCAACUGGCAGCCAAACGCUCUGUUAUUUUUUCUUCAAAGAUAAUGAAAAACAGAACAGCCUUCCGCUGGCGCUAUCCGCUAUACUCCAUCAACUUUUCGCGAGUCAGCCACACCUUCUUGAGCACGCAAUGCCUGCCUGGGUGCAAAACGGUCCAAAAUUGAUGCAAGAGGUGGAGGAAAUGUGGCGCAUAUUGAUGGCAGCUGUGCGAGAUACAAAGUCGCAUGACGUUACCUGUGUGCUUGACGCUCUUGACGAGUGCCGGGAGGCUGACCUGGUCCGACUGAUAAAAAAGCUAGGCGAGUUCUACAGCUGUUCGUCACAUCCAAGUCCUCGUCGCCCCUGGUUGAAAUUCCUCGUCACAAGUCGUCCUUAUGACAUGAUCCAGAGAAAUUUUCAGUCUGCUCUAGAGUCAUCCCUAGUAUCAUUGCCAACAAUACGACUGCGAGGCGAAGAUGAAUCUGACCAGAUCCGCCAGGAGAUCAACUCUGUCAUUCACACAAAAGUGGCCAGUUUGGUUGAAGAUAUUCCCCUCUGGAAAGGGAUGCAGCAUCACUUGGAGGAAAAGCUUCUCGGCAUGGAACAUCGUACGUACCUAUGGUUAUCGCUUGCCAUCGAUGGUAUAUACGAAGCAUGUCGAGACAGUCUCCGGCCUGACGAAAGGUUGAUUGAAUCCUUACUCAAAUCACUUCCUUCAUCCGUGGAAGACGCCUACGAAAAAAAUCCUCAGCAGAGUCAAAAAGCAGCAACAGAGCGUGCACUAGGAAUUGCCACUUCGGGAAACCCAACGUCUAUUGAGGAGGUGGCUGUUGACAAACUCCAUCUCCGUAAGAAUAUCCGCGAAUGGUGCGGGCUCUUUGUUGUCAUAGACAAAUCCAAAAUCUACCUCGUCCACCAAACCGCAAGGGAGUUUUUGAUCAGGAACCCUGAUGUUGUCAUUGCUCAAACCCCCCUCUGGAAACAUUCAUUUGACCCUGGUGAGAUAGAACUGGCAAUGGCACGGAUAUGUAUCGAGGGUCUGUGCCUAGUCAGUUUUAACCGCAAGUAUUAUCAGAAUAUCCCCCUUGAAGAGCCUGAUGAUGACGCUCAAGGCACAACCGCUUUUCUCCUUUAUGCGCAAGCGCACUGGCCAAGCCAUCUCCGUGAUGCGGCUUUGUGGAAAGACAGCCAUCUACUCGAAAAUAUUUGCAAGCUCUACGACGACCCCUACCUGUUUUGGUGGUGGUCGUCAGAGUUUUAUGCAAGAGUCAGCUUUUCACGGAUAUGUUUUAACCUUAGACCUCCCUUGUUGAACAGACUCCAAAUUGCUGUAUUCAGCAAUCAUUUCCCAGUUGUGACACAGCUGUUGAACGAUGAAAUUAUCGACGUGAACGAAGUUGAUCGCAGAGGUUGUACGGCGCUAUUCUGGGCGUCUCAGCAGGGUCACGAAAACAUAGUGCGGACAUUGCUCGAACACGGAGCUGCCAUCGACAGUUGCUCAGAUUCAUCUGGCACCGCGCUGCAGAUAGCAUGUCAAGAAGGCCACACCAAGAUAGUGCAAAUUCUCAUCGAAAAUGGAGCAGAUGUCAACGCGUCGAGGGAUGUAUAUGGGAACGCCCUGCAAGCCGCAUCCGGUUUUGGACAUGAGGAGGUAGUGCAAAUCCUCCUCCACCAUGGGGCCGAAAUCAAUGCUUCAGGAGGCGAGUAUGGUACUGCGCUUAUAGCUGCAUGCAUCGAAAGUUCCGAAAGGGUAGUGCGGAGUCUGCUCAAGCACGGUGCCGAUGUGGAUAUUGAAGGGAGCGUUUAUGGCACCGCGCUAAUGGCUGCAUGUGCUCUCGGAUCUGUAGGCUGUGUGAAGAUUCUACUCGAUCAUGGUGCCGAUGUGAAUUACCAAGGAGGGUGUCGUGGCACGGCGCUCGAGGUUGCAUCUUCUCAUGGUCACGAUUCGAUGAUAAGGAUGUUACUUGAUCAUGGUGCCCGCGACGCCGUACGACCUGCAAAGCGCUGGGUUGGAAGAGAGUACAGAGACACAGCUCAGCGGAGGAGGACCAGGGCCAGAAGAAAUGAGGGUGAUGGUGAAGAUGAUGGAAUAGACAGAACACAAGACUCUGAAGAGACCGAUGAUAGUUGCAGUAGUCUCCAGGUAUGGGCACCUGGGCAAUGGAAAGGCCUCGGGCCGAUAGAAUACCUAGUGGGUGCCUAG